AUGCGAUUUCGGAGUUCGGGCGGGAAUCGGAAAUUUGGAUUCUGUGGUGCCGGGUUUGGAGGGUUAACAUGGGGUGGUGAUUAUGAGAUGGUGGGAUGGGAUGUUGUGGGUUUGGAGUCCGAGAUCGGAAGGGGAAAGCAGAUUUGUAGCAGGGUUCGGAUGCGAGUUUUCUGGGCAAAUGGUUCGAUGCAGAGUGUUGGGGUGCGUGCAGGCGUGUUCGGAGCUUUCGCCAGUCAGCUCUCACUGUAUCUCUUUUGUGCCAUAUGA